ACAUCACUGUUGGAUUUUCAAGAUGGCGUCGCAGUCGCAAGGUAUUCAACAACUGUUACAGGCCGAGAAGAGGGCUGAAACCAUGGUUUCUGAAGCUAGAAAACGUAAAACACAGAAGCUCAAGAGAGCAAAAGAGGAAGCCCAGGCUGAAAUUAAGAGUUACCGGGAAGAACGUGAGAAACAGUUUAUAGAUUAUCAAAGAGAACACAUGGGUUCUAAAGAUGAUUUUCAGGCUAAAAUUGAAGAACAAACAAGUGUAAGGCUGGACCAAAUCAGUGAGAGUGUGAAGAAAAAUCAAGACAAGGUCAUAGAGAGGCUUCUAAGUCUUGUGUAUGACAUCAAACCUGAACUUCACCAGAAUCUGAGGACAUAAGAACAAAUUAAAUGCAUGAUUGAAAUAACUUUACAAAAAUGUAUACUUUAUUCCAAAUUAUAGUUGCCAGCUUAGUUGUGACAUAAUGUUAUUGAAUGCUUGUAUGAUGUGGAUGGUCCAUUGAGAAUAAGAGUGAUUUACUUUGCCAGCUAUGGAACAGUGAGCCCACUUUUUCUUGUCAAUAUUGUUCUUCCAAAAUGGUGGAAUUUGCAUUUACCAGAGCAAAAAAUAUUUGAUUUUUUUUCUUUAAAUAACAUGAAGAGAUGUUGUUUGGUUCCUUAAAAUUGUUGAGAAGAAAGAAAACAGCCUACGAAUAUAGUGUGAGAUUUAAAAUAAAGGAGUAAGUUUAACGUCAUGACUUAUUUAUGAACUUUGAAAAAAUCAUGUUUGGAUGGCUGUUCUACAUAAACUGAAAGAGAUUUGAGCAAUUGAAGUGCCUUUACCUGUGAGUAAAGCUUCAUUUUAUUCUUGCCUGAAUGUCAAGAGAUUUCUCUUUUUUCUGCCUUUGGGAAAGCUUAAUUUAGCUCUGAUGAUAGGGUAAACUUAUAUUGUAAAUUGAUUUGUUAUUUUUUUUUUUGUAUGACAUUUGCAAACUUGAUAUGCUAUACUGGAAAGUAAAUUAUCAUAAGAAAUAAAGUUGUAUUAGGAUCAGGUGGA